AUGUCAAAGCGUAAAACGUUAUCGUAUCUAAAUGGGUCUCAACUAUAGAUAUGUUAACCAUGUUUAAUACAUUGCAUACUCGAGCAUCUAUAAUGUGUAGACGGUUUUAUACCCAGCAUUGUUAAUAAAUUUAUAAUUGCGGUUCGAUAAUGGCUCAACAGGAAGUUUAUGAAAUUCUUAAUAAAAUUGCUAAACAAGAACAGUUUAAUAAUUAUAAGAUAUCAAUAAAUCUCCUUUCCACUGAUGGUGCUAACUUUUCCAGCAAUCUUUUUGUAGCAAAAAUUUCUGCAAGUGACAAAGAAUUAAACUUAUUUGUUAAGGUUGCUGCAAUUGGUGAAAAGUUAAGAACAUUAGCUCCUGUUUGUAUCUACAAAACAGAAGUUCAGUUUUACACGAAAAUAUUUAAAUUAUACAAUGAUAUUGAAAGCAAACAUCAUGUGCCUGAUGAUCACAAAUUAGUCCUGCCGAGGCUAUACGGGUACAAUUUGGAAUGUUUGAACGAGAUUUUGGUGUUUGACAAUUUACUUGCCGAAGGUUUUGAAAUGUACGAUAGAUUUCAGACUAUGGACUGGGACUAUGCGUCGCAUUCACUUACUGCUCUUGCUAAAUUACAUGGUCUUUCGAUGGCAUACGCAAUUGAGUAUCCAGAUGAAUUCAAAAAAGACGGAGAAGUUAUGAAAAUACAAGAAAACAUAGAUGGCUUAAGGGAAUAUUUAGAGAGUGCAAUAACUAAAGUGCUUCAGGUAACGAAGGCAGAAAAUAAAGAACAAUUGAAAAAAUUUCUAGAUGGAGUGACGAGCGUUGAUUAUUUUAUGGGUGUUCUGAAACCAAUGAGAAGCUGUGUUUUAACUCAUGCUGAUUAUCGUCCCAGCAACCUGCUCCAUAAAGUUCAAGAUGGAAAAACUACUAAAGUGAUACCCAUAGACUUCCAAACAAUUCGUCACGGAAACCUUGUUAGCGAUCUGGUCUACUUCAUAUUCACUGGGUCAAACCAAGAAUUCCGGAAUACCAAUUACCAACAAUGUUUAGAUCACUACUAUUCCGAGCUGAGCAGUACUUUAACAAGGCUUCAUCUGGACCCCAAUCAGAUCUAUUCUAGGAAGGAUUUCGAAUAUGAACUUGAGCAGGCAUCAUCAUAUGGCCUUCUAUCAGCAAUAUUGUGUCUGCUCAUAAUAACAGUGGAUCCUAAAGAUGCCCCGAAGGUGGAUGAUAAAUUGGAACAAAAGGAUUUUGCUGUUAUCCCAAAUGAACGGUACUCCGAGAGAAUUAACGGUGUUAUUGAAGAUUUUAUUAAACUGGGCGUAAUUUGAAUAACAAAGUGAAGAGUAAAAUAUCGUCUUGAAACAGUUUAUAAACUAAUUAAUUCCGCUACUACAACUUGCACGACGAUAGAUUUAAAAAAAUCAUUUCAACAACAUUACAAACAUUACAUAACAAAAUUCAUUAAUGCAAAUGAAUCAAUUGAUCACAAAAUUUUGUAAUAUUAUCAUUUAUAUAUCUCGUUUUUUAGAUCACGUAUUUAUAGUUUGUAAAGAUUUUGUUAAUUAUAAAUAGUUAUUGAGUAUAAAGCAUGCUGCGAUUGCCUGUUAAAGGAUUCUCUGAUACCGGCAAACUUCAGCAUUAAAUAAGUGAGGUACACAGCGCGGGACACAAACAUCAACUGAUUUACCACUCCCCGCCGAUACUCUCCCGCAGCCGCCCCCUCCCAAUGACCUAUAAAUCGCUUCUGCGCAGGCAAGGACAUUUGUUCAGGAUGUUUGCCGGUAUAUGUAUUAUUGUGUUUUUUGAUGUAAGCCUUUAUUGUAAGCCCGUUGGCAAACCUUUUUUAAAUAAAUAAAUAACCAUUUUACACC